AUGCAAUUGAUAUUCCUAUUCUUCUUGAUUGAAGUUUCGUUUAGUUGGAACCCCAUUUUAUCAUCAAGAAUAAUAGAAUCAAUUGAUAAAGAAAAUAUUAUAAUCAAAGAGGAUUAUUAAAUUAUUGCUGAAGGAAGCUUUUCUAUCUCCUAUCAAGGUUUGUAAAGCUAUAGAGAAUUAUACAUUAUGUUUGAUGCUAAAACUAAUAAGAGUGAAAGUGAAAUAUUGAUUUUAGUUAAUGGAGUUAGAAGAAAUAUAAUAUAGGUAAAGGGAGUGUAUAAUGAAUUUCAUAUGAAAUUUUAACAUUAAACUCCAAAUGUGGUGAUAUAGAUAAGAAUUGAAAAAUAAACCAAAUUAGAAAUAAGAAACUUUAAUAUGUUUGUUUAAGAAUGUCCAAAGGAUUGUAAAUAUUGUCUAUCAGGUGGAUGUGAUCUUUAAUUAUAUGAGAGUUGUGAUUAAUUAAGAUAUAAGGACUUAUGUGUAGAAGAAUGUCCAGAUGGGACUGUAGCUGAGUAAAAUUAAUGUGUAUAAGCAGGUAUUAUAUAUUCUUAAUAUUUAGGUUUAAAAGAGAUUGAAUAAGUUAAAUCCUUUUUGUAAGAUGAACUUUCAACAAUCUAAAAAUUUGGAGAUUAGAAAUUGCUUAAAUUAAAUUUUGAUAAUGAUUUUAAUGGAUAAUUGGAAAUAGUGUUUAAUUGUUAUAGUAAUUAAAAGAGAAAUGCUGAUCAAAUAAUUAAGGUAGAUUUGAUGAAGGGUUAAUCUCAAAUUAUGUAUCCAUUUUUAAAUACUUAUAUAAAUUUAUAACAUUAUAAAGAGUGUAAGUCUAAAUAUGAAUUAGAGUGUGUAUAAGUGAAAGGUUUAUUUGAGAUAGAUUUUCUAAAAUAACAUUAAGUAAAUAUUGAUAGUUAUACAAAUGGGAUUUAAUAAAUGGGGUAUUGGGAAGUAGAAAGUCUUAAGAUUUAUAAUGAAACAAAGAGAUUUUAUUAAUGUGAAAUUAAGAAUUGUAAUUAAUGUUCAUUCAAUAAUAUAUGUUAAAAAUGUCAAGAUCAAUUCUAUUUAUACUAAAACUAAUGUAUUAAGAAAUGUCCUCUAUUUACAAUAUUAGAAAACUAUAGAUGUAUCAAUUUUAAUGACAAUCAACCAAGUAAUAAGAUUUUAUUAAAAUUAGAUCUAAAAUUCUUAGUAAAGUUAGAAUCUCCAUUCUAAGAUUUAUCUGAAAUUUUUGGUUAAAUUACAUUUGAUUUGAAAGAAUCAAUUAGUUUUAGAUAUGAAAAUGAAACAACUUUUAUUGGAGGAGGAUUAUUAGAUCAAUGGAAACGUACUACAUUUUCAAAAUAAUUAAAUUUGGGAAGACACUAUGCAAUAAGAAUUAUGUUUAAUAUAUCUUUAGAAAAUUCAACUUUAGAUUAGGAUAGUUUUAUUUAUUCAAUUGAUGGAAAAACUUUCAAAGUUUUAAAUAAUUAAACUUAUAUUGAUCAAACACUUUACCAUAAUAAAAACAUUCUAAAUUUAAAUUUAGGAUGUAAAAUCUCGAGUAAUGGUAGAUGUGUAAUUUCUAAUUACUAUUUUAUGACUAUGAAAGUAAUUCUAUUUUUAGAUAUUCCUUUAGUGUUCUCACCUUUGUUAAAGUUGUACAGGUCCAUCUUAAUCUGAUUGUAAAGUUUUUUAACCCAAUAUUGAAAAAUUUGAUUAUAAAAAAUUCAAGUGUUUUGAUGGUUAUUAUUUGAGUGAAAAUGGUUGCAUAGUUUGUUCAAAAGGUUGUUAAUUAUGUGAGUCAUUCGAUAGAUGUCUCAAAUGUUAAGACAUAAAAGAAGCAGAAUUUAUUUGUAAGACAAACCUUUGA